AUGGAGAGGAACAAUAUGAGAUCAAACUAUGUGAAUAGUGGGCCCAGAUCACUGCCUCACAUGGGCAAGCGUCACAAUGGUAAUAAUCACAAUGGAUCUCGUUUGAGUCCACCGGCACAGACAAACAAUCACAACAACAAUCAACAAGAUGAUAUCAUUAAUUAUAUAUUUGAAUCUUGGAACAAGGUAUCACGUGAGAUGGAAAGGGGCAGCGAAGAUGCCAGAUAUUAUCAGGAAGUACCGCCGAGACAGAUGGCAAAUUUCCGACCGUUCAACUUAGAGGAGUGGUGGGGUCGGAGGUUCAUUCAGAGCAUAAAUCGCAAACACCGUUCUUAG